AUUCACGGAAGCUUAGGCAAAGCCCCGCCUAGGUCAGAGGAGAUUGGGGCGGCGCGGACAGUUAGAACUAUGCCCCUCGCUCUGCUCCUCAAUUACACUGUGGUGCAUUCCCUGGGUCAGCCGCGCUGAGCUCCAGAGCCUUGAAGCCCUUUUCUGUGUCGAGGCUUUACUAGCCCUAGCUGACCAGGACACUCUUUUGCUAUCAUGUCUUUUGCCUUAAACGGGCCAUCGGAACUGCUUUUCUAUGUGAAUGGCAGAAAGGUAACUGAGAAGAAUGCAGAUCCUGAAACAAUGUUGUUAUCAUACUUGAGGAAGAAACUCCAUCUGACAGGAACAAAAUAUGGCUGUGGUGGAGGUGGCUGUGGAGCCUGCACGGUGAUGAUAUCAAGAUGUGACCCUGGAACUAAAAAAAUAAGACAUUAUUCGGCCAAUGCCUGCCUUCUUUCUAUAUGCUCUCUGUAUGGGGCUGCUGUCACCACAGUAGAAGGCAUAGGAAGUACCAAAACCAGGCUUCAUCCAGUUCAGGAAAGAAUUGCCAAAUGUCAUGGGACUCAGUGUGGAUUCUGUAGCCCUGGGAUGGUGAUGUCUUUGUACUCUCUUUUGAGAAACAUUUCGGAACCCUCAAUGGAUCAGUUAAUGGAAGCUCUUGGAGGUAAUUUGUGUCGUUGCACUGGAUAUCGGCCCAUAGUAGAUGCCUGCAAGACUUUCUGUAAAGCUACUGAUUGCUGCCAGAGUAAGGAAAAUGGCAUCUGCUGCUUGGAUCAAGAAGAAAAUGAAUUGCUAGAUUCUGAGCAAGGAAAUAGGACAUGUCAAAAACCCUUUCAAGAAGAAGAGUUUCUGCCAUUGGAUCCUACUCAGGAAUUUAUAUUUCCCCCUGAACUAAUGAUGAUGGCUGAGAAGCAGCCUAAAAUAACUAGGGUUUUCUAUGGGGAACGGAUAACCUGGAUUUCUCCUGUAACACUAAGAGAUCUUCUGGAAGUGAAAGCCAAGUAUCCAGAUGCACCAAUUGUCAUGGGAAACACCACUGUGGGACCUAAUAUGAAGUUCAAAGGGAUUUUUCAUUCUGUUAUCAUUUCUCCUGAUAGAAUUGCAGAACUGAAUGCUGUAAAUUAUACAGACAAUGGAUUGACAAUAGGUGCUGGCUGUAGCCUAGCCCAGUUGAAAGAUGUCCUUACUGAUAUGAUCUUGGAGCUUCCAGGAGAGAAGACACAGACAUACCGAGCUCUCUUAAAGCAUCUGAAGACUCUGGCAGGAUCACAGAUCAGGAAUGUGGCAUCUUUAGGGGGCAGUGUCAUCAGUAGACAUUCAACAUCAGAUCUGAAUCCCCUUCUGGCUGUGGGUAACUGUACCCUUAAUCUGGCUUCGAAAGAUGGAAAGCGACAAAUUCCUUUGAAUAACCAAUUUCUUAUGAGAGUAAGAAGUUCAGAUCUCAGACCUGAAGAAAUCUUGAUCUCAGUGAACAUUCCCUAUUCUAGAAAGUGGGAAUUUGUCUCAGCCUUUCGACAAGCUCCACGUCAACAAAAUGCCUUGGCAAUUGUCAAUUCUGGAAUGAGAGUCCUUUUUGAAGAAGAUACAAAUAUCAUUAGGGAUAUCUGUAUUUUCUAUGGUGGCAUUAGCUCAACCACUGUAUGUGCUAAGAAAUCUUGCCAGAAACUCAUAGGAAGAGCUUGGAAUGAGGAGAUGCUGGGUGAUGCUUGUCGACUGGUUCUAGAGGAACUUUUCCUCCCAGCCUCAGCACUUGGUGGAAAGGUGGAAUACAAGAGGUCCCUCAUUGUCAGUUUUCUUUUCAAAUUCUACAUAGAAGUGUUGCAGGUUUUGAAGAUGAUGAACCCUGCUCUUGGUCCUUAUUUACCCUCUGAGUAUGGAAGUGUUUUAGAAGAUUUCCAUUCUAAACAUUAUGAGACCGUUUUAAGGUACCAGAAGGUAGAUACUAAACAAUUUCCUCAAGAUCCAAUUGGGCGUCCCAUCAUGCACCUUUCUGGUAUUAGACAUGCAACGGGUGAAGCCAUUUAUUGUGAUGACAUGCCUGCACUGGAGCAAGAACUUUUCUUGGCCUUUGUAACAAGUUCAAGGGCUCAUGCUAAGAUUGUGUCUAUUGAUACAUCAGAGGCUCUUAAAUUACCAGGAGUAAUUGAUGUUCUGACAGGUAAAGAUCUUCAAGAUGUAAACUCCUUCAGGGAUUUUCUUGAGACUGAGGAAAUAUUGGCGACUAAUGAGGUCUUUAGUGUGGGCCAGCUUGUGUGUGCCGUAGUUGCUGAUUCAGAUGUUCAGGCAAAGCGAGCAGCUCAUCUGGUGAAGAUUGAGUAUAAUGAUUUGAAACCCUUGAUCCUGACUAUUGAGGAUGCUAUACAGCAUAACUCUUUCUAUGAGCCAGAAAGAAAAAUAGAAUAUGGAAAUGUUGAUGAAGCAUUUAAAACCGUUGACCAAAUCCUUGAAGGUGAGAUCCACAUUGGAGGUCAAGAACAUUUUUACAUGGAAACUCAAAGCAUGCUUGUUGUCCCACAUGGAGAGGAUAAAGACAUGGAUAUCUAUGUGUCAACACAAAAUCCUAGAUUAGCACAGGACAUAGUAGCUUCCAUAUUAAGGGUUCCAUCUAACAAGAUCAUGUGCCAUGUCAAACGAGUUGGUGGAGCAUUUGGUGGAAAAUCAAUAAAAACUAGUAUCUUGGCAGCUAUUACAGCAUUUGCAGCAAGCAAAACUGGUCGUCCAGUUCGUUGCAUUUUGGAACGUGGAGAAGAUAUAUUAAUAACUGGAGGUCGUCAUCCUUACCUUGGAAAGUACAAAGUAGGAUUCAUGAAUGAUGGUAGAAUCAUGGCCCUCGAUGUUGUACAUUAUGCUAAUGGUGGCUUCAUGUUGGAUGAAUCUGUAUUUGUAGUAGAGAUGGGCAUCCUAAAGUUGGACAAUGCCUACAAGAUCCCAAACCUGCGGUGCCGAGGUCUUGCUUGCAAAACGAAUCUGCCUUCCAAUACCGCUUUCCGUGGAUUUGGCUAUCCCCAAGCAGCACUGAUUACAGAAUCGUGUAUGACAAAAGUUGCUGCCCAAAGUGGUUUGCCCCCAGAGAAGGUGAGAAUGAUAAACAUGUACAAAGAAAUGGAUGAAACACAUUAUAAACAGGAGAUUGAUGCAAAGAAUCUAAUAAAAUGUUGGAAUGAAUGCAUGGAGAUAUCCUCAUACUACAGAAGGAAAGCGAUGGUAGAAGAUUUCAACAAGAAGAAUUAUUGGAAAAAGAAAGGCAUUGCACUUAUUCCAAUGAAAUUUCCUAUUGGUCUUUGCUCACUUGCUGCUGGUCAGGCAGCUGCUCUAGUUCACAUCUAUCUAGAUGGAUCUGUGCUAGUAACCCACUGUGGAAUCGAAAUGGGGCAAGGAGUUCACACUAAAAUGAUUCAGGUUGUCAGUCGUGAGUUAGGGAUGCCAAUGGACAAUAUUCAUUUGCGGGGAACAAGUACUGAAACCAUCCCUAAUGGAAAUGUCUCUGGGGGAUCUGUGGUGGCAGAUCUCAAUGGGCUGGCACUGAAGGAUGCUUGUCAAAUUCUUCGAAAGCGUCUGGAGCCCAUCAUUAGCAAAAACCCUUAUGGCACAUGGAAGGAGUGGGCACAAGAAGCUUUUAAUCAAAGCAUUAGUCUUUCAGCAACUGGAUAUUUCAGGGGCUAUGAGUCAAACAUGGACUGGGAAAAAGGCGAAGGUCACUUAUUUCACUACUGCGUGUAUGGAACUGCCUGUUCAGAAGUUGAAAUUGACUGCCUGACAGGAGAUCAUAAGAAUAUAAGAACAGACAUUGUCAUGGAUAUUGGCCACAGUAUCAAUCCAGCUCUUGAUAUAGGGCAGGUUGAAGGUGCAUUUAUUCAAGGUGUUGGUCUUUAUACACUAGAGGAACUGAAAUACUCACCUGAAGGAAUUUUGUACACUCGGGGACCAGAACAAUAUAAAAUCCCUUCUUUCUGUGAUGUUCCUUCUGAACUCAAUAUUUCCUUUUUGCCUCCUUCUAAAGUUGCUCACACUCUAUAUUCAUCAAAGGGCUUGGGUGAAUCCGGAUUAUUCCUGGGAUCCUCUGUGUUUUUUGCUCUACAUGAUGCCAUUCUUGCAGCACGACAAGAAAGAGGAUUUUCUGGAGUCUUCACACUGAAUAGUCCAUUGACCCCUGAGAAGAUUAGAAUGGCUUGUGAAGAUAAAUUUACAAAAAUGAUUCCAAAGGAUGAACCUGGAUCUUAUGUUCCUUGGGAUAUUCGUGUAUGAAUCAAAGACAAAAAAAUAGAGAAAAUAUGAUGGAGAUUGUGAUUAUACCUGGUAAUGGAGAAUCAGUCACAUGAAUCUUCUUAGAUUAAAUAAUGCCAUAUCUAAUACUAUUCAUUUCCAGAAUCCAUUAAGAUUUUGGCAAAUAAAGAUAUUUAACUCUGCUUUUAGGUACGUUCAACAAUUACCCUCCUCCUGCCUCAGAUUUUUAUAGCUAUCCUUAGGCUCUAAAGACCAAAUGAAAGGGACAACUUCUAACCUAUUUCCUCUAGAAUACCUUUUCUCCCAUUAGGGAUUUGUCUAAGAUUAUAUUGUGAGAAUUUCAAUAUGCAUAUGAAUUCAUAUGGUCAGCAUUUCCAUAGAUUGGGAUGUCUUUCUGGGUCCCUACAGGAGAUGAGAAAAGGAUCAGAAUACUCCAGGGAUUGAUGGUAUGAUAAAAAGAUAGGAAUUUUAGCUUGAAAAUCAAAGAGCAUGUUGGAAAGGACAGUGUGAAAUCGUGGAAAGAACACUGAGAUUUCAAAGAAUAUAAGUUUCUGUCAUUAUCCUAACACUGAGUGACCUUAGGCAAGUCCUUUACUUCCUUAAAUUUCAGUUCUCACAUCUGUAAAAUAAAGGUGAUGGGUUGGAAUAGACUUCUAAAGUAUUUAAAUCAAUGAUAUGAGAUUAGAUCAUGUCAGCCCUAAAACAUUUUUAAAUUUUGUAAUCAAGAGAUUAAGUGAUCCAACAAAUCAAAAGCCAAAAAUCCAUAAGUCAUUAAAAUACUUGAUCCAGGGGCAAGGAUGAAAAACAACCCAAAUUUAAGAGUAAUGUGUUGAAAGCCAAAGCAAUAAAAACCAAAGUUAGGAUAAUAAAAUUGGUAGAAACUUUGGCCUACUUUAUCUAAAAACAUGUUUCCUUGGGGCUAAAUCCUAAUUGAAAGAGUGACAAUGGAUUGUUGACCAGGGGUUUUAAUUUAUCUGAGUCUUUGUGUUCUUCAUUUGUAAAAAGAAGGGGGUUCAACAUAAUGAUUUUUAGUUUCCUUUCCAAUUUCAUAUUUUAUGGUUCCUUAGUGUUUGUUUUAUGUAGAAAUAUUAUUUUAUGACAAGGUAAAUAAUGACUAUAAAUACCCCAAGAUUUUAGCAUUUCCUCCUAAAUGGGGUUAAUUUUCUUUGGUAUAUAUUAAGUAAACAAAAAUAUGAUGGUAUUGGGGUUUUUUCCCAUAGGAUGGAUGUCAGGCAUCUCCACCUCAUAAGUAUAAUUAUUUUUAUUUUAUCUCUUCCUAAGUUUUAUAUUUCCACAUGGUGAAUUUUCUUAAAGCAGGAUUUGCCCAGGUUUACAUUUUUUGGUCCCAUUUCAUAACCUAAUAUUCUUCGGAGAGCUGACAUUUAAUUAAUCAUUGUUGACUAAUGUGUUUUUUGUUAUAUUGGUUUUUCUAAAGAUAUGAGGAGUGGAGAGAAAGAAAGUAUAUAUAACUCCAUUUAUCUGCCUUAUAUUAAAAAUACUACUAAUAAUAAAUAUUCAGUUUUGUUUCUAUAAAGUGUGGCAUUCUACACUUAAAUAGAAAGCUCACUCAUUUAUUGAAAAAGACAAUUAGUUUAAUUGAUUUAAGCAUUUGAGAUGUUUAAGCCUCAGACUUAAAGCUGUAAUCCUAUUAUAUAUGAGGAGAAAAAUGUUAGAUUAUUAUUAAAAUUAUAACUUAUCUUUAUAUAGUGCUUUAAAGUUUUCAAAGUGCUUUACAUGCAUCAUCUCAUUUUAGUCAUGCAAAACCUCUUCUAACAAAAUGAUUUUGAUUAAGUUUGUUUUAGAAUGUAAGCUCUCUGGAGAGCAAAAAUGAUAUUGGUUGUUAUCUCUUAUGCUGUUUGUGAUGAUUAAUAAAUGCCAUUUAAUAAUGCUAA